AUGCAGUUCCCUCUCUUCCUCACCGCCGUCGUCGCCUGCUUCGCGUCUCAAGUGCUUGCGCUGAACAUGACCUUCCCCGCUCCCAUCGGCCUCAUCCAAGCCUCCGACUUCCUCAACUCCGCCGACCCUGCCCGCACCGACUGCAGCACGGACUGUAACCUGGCCCAGGGCACCAUCACCGCGUGCGGGAGCGACGACCUCUGCCUGUGCAACGACACGAUGCUCACGUCGAUCAUGUCGUGCGAGACGUGCAUGUUCCAGCAGCUCAUCGCCGACAACCGUCUCCCCACCGACGAGCGCACCGGCCUCGUCUCCGCGAUCACCCUCUACACGGGCGCGUGCACGGGCGUGAACCACACGAGCAACCUCUCCGCCGUGGCGCUCACCCCGGUCCUGCCCGCCAACUGGGACGGCCCCUUCGGCCAGGGCCUCAACCCGGCCUUGACCGCGGUCUCUGUCAUCGCCGCCACCAUCCUCGGCGUCGGCCUCAUCACGACCGUCAACACCAUGUGA